AUGGCUUCAAUUUCUCACUAUUUCCUGCUAGUUCUGGUCUUUCUGGAGUCACACACAGUUCGGCCAUUCUGUCUGCCAGGAUGUACGUGUUCAGAGGAGAGUUUUGGCAGGACUCUGCAGUGUAUGUCUACUUCUUCAGGAAAGAUCCUAGGGAAUCUUCCUGAAGAGUUCAAGCAAGUGAAAAUUGAAAACUCACCCUUAUUUGAACUUUCCCGAGGGUCUUUCAUCAACAUGAGCACCUUGGAAUACCUUUGGCUCAACUUUAACAACAUCACUGUGAUCCGUCUGGGAGCCCUGGAGCACCUGUCACAACUGAAAGAACUGAGACUGGAGGGGAACAAGCUCCGUUCAGUACCAUGGACAGCGUUCCGGGCCACCCCUCUCCUGAGGGUCUUAGACCUCAAACAUAACAGGAUUGAUGUGCUCCCUGAGCUGGCUCUUCAGUUCCUGGUCAAUCUCACCUACCUUGACCUAUCUUCCAAUAGGCUUACCAUUGUGUCCAGGAGUGUCUUCUUGAGCUGGCCUGCCUACCAGAAACUACAAUGGCCUGGCUGUGGGGCCGAGAUUCUCUCCAGCCUGGUGCUAGCACUGCACAACAACCCGUGGGUCUGUGACUGUCGCCUGAGAGGACUCAUGCAGUUUGUCAAAUCAGUCAGCCUCCUGGUCAUCUUGGUGAAUCCCUACCUGAUGUGCCGGGGCCCUCCCUCCAGGGCAGGGCAGCUUUUCCAUGAAACUGAGCUCAGUGCUUGCAUGAAGCCGCUGAUCUCAACCCCCAGUGCCAAUGUCACCAUCCGAGCAGGACAGAAUGUGACCCUGCGAUGCCUGGCACAGGCCAGCCCAUCACCAACCAUUGAAUGGACUUAUCCCCUGAGGACUUGGAAGGAAUUUGAUGUGUUGACAUCUGCUGCCGCGGAAGACGCUGCCCUGUCGGAGCUGGUCAUACCUGCUGCCCACCUGGCAGACCGAGGCAAUUAUACCUGUGUGGCCUCCAACUCCGUUGGCAGGAGCAGCCUUGUCAUCUCCCUCCACGUCCAGCCUGCUUCCUCUUCUCUCUCUGUCCCCUGGGAGGGCAACACUUAUGUUGACCUAAGGGUCGCCAGGCAGACAGUGCGGGGUAUCCUGCUGGAGUGGUUUGCCAAGGCCGACACCCCCGAGGAGCAGUGGUUCACCCUCUCUUUUGCAUCUGAGGAUGCUGUCAGGAAGGAGGUGGUCCACUUGGGCCCCGGGAUCAACACAUAUGCCCUAGAUGACCUCCUCCCUGGCACAAAAUACAAGGCCUGCCUCAGCCUGGGGGGCCAGCCUGCGGGCCAGGGCCCCUGUGUGGUCUUUGUGACGGGCAGGGACCAUGGUGGGCUGGACAGCCUGGCUGGCCGGGAGUACCUCCUCCAUAUCACAGUUGUCCUGUGCGCCGUGCUGCUGGCUGUGGCCGUGGGUGCAUCUGCCUGGGUGGCCCAGGCCCCCUGCAGCUGCAGGUGGUGGGCCCUGAGCUGCUGUCCGCAUCGCAGGAAAGCCCCUAGCUGUCCCCGUGCAGCCCCACGGCAGAGGGACGGCUCCUUGAGAAUCCAGGCAGCUGUCUGCGAGGAUGGCCCAGGGCCCAGGGACACUGAGGAGGAGCAGGAGAAAGAUGGAGAGGAGCUGGUGUGGGACUCUAGCUCCUGA